CCAUAGCCCGUGCUACUUGCCUCGCUCCUGUGCCAGGUAAGUCCACUACGGGCUCACCAUAGCCCGUGCUACUUGGAACUUGUUCCGAGUAGCUGAAUCUAUAACAAGAACGCAUGACUCGCUGUGUAGUAGUGGGCUACUUUAUCACAAGUUAGCUCCGGCUGCACUUCAAGUAUUGGGCGAGUGUUGCCAAGUUGGAGGUGUUACAUCUCGCUCUGGAUGCUGGAUGGCAGUUUAUGUUAUUUACCUGAAUUUACCCGAGGGCCGAAGACAGGAAGCCGGCGACUUGCCAAAGGUUUUGCCUUAUUAAGGCAAAUGUAAUUGUCUCAAGACACAGUUUACAUGACUGUAGGACCGGCCACACAGCGGCGCCUGUGCAACUGUUGUUGAAUAAUCGGUCAUUAUCAUUAUCAAUAACAGUGACAACCUUUCUAUAUAAGUGACACGAGCGCUUUCCUCUCCUAGUGAUCCAGGUGACCACACCAGAACACACUGAGACUACUACAAAACCCAGUUUAAAGGAAAAUAUCAAGCCUUGAAAAAUCCCGCCCGUUCUAAGAAGCAAAUCAAUGCCAGUCCUUUGAAGGACCAAACCCAGUGCCACAGCAACACUCUGGGCGGUCACCAGUGCCACAGCAACACUCUGGACGGUCACCAGUGCCACAGCAACACUCUGGGCGGUCACCAGUGCCACAGCAACACUCUGGACGGUCACCAGUGCCACAGCAACACUCUGGGCGGUCACCAGUGCCACAGCAACACUCUGGGCGGUCACCAGUGCCACAGCAACACUCUGGGCGGUCACCAGUGCCACAGCAACACUCUGGACGGUCACCAGUGCCACAGCAACACUCUGGACGGUCACCAGUGCAACAGCAACACUCUGGACGGUCACCAGUGCCACAGCAACACUCUGGACGGUCACCAGUGCCACAGCAACACUCUGGACGGUCACCAGUGCCACAGCAACACUGGGCGGUCACCAGUGCCACAGCAACACUGGGCGGUCACCAGUGCCACAGCAACACUCUGGACGGUCACCAGUGCCACAGCAACACUCUGGACGGUCACCAGUGCCACAGCAACACUCUAGGCGGUCACCAGUGCCACAGCAACUCUCUGCCAGGGUUCAAGUCAUCAUGGGCCUCACCAACGAUGACACCAGACCCAAACAUGCUGACAUUGUAAAAGAAGAUGAGGUUGAAACUGGUAAUGAAGCCUCUGCAGUGUUUGACAAUGAAGGUGUGAAUCCUGCAAAUCUUGGGUUUGUAGGAUGUGGAAAUAUGGCUCAAGCCCUUCUGAAUACAUUUAUUAAAAAAGGAUUGGUGGCUCCUACACAUGUAAUUGCAAGUGCACCUUCUGACCGCAAUCUAUUGAAGCUUCACACUUUGGGGGUGAAGACCACCCAUGAUAAUAAUGAAGUUGUGCAGACGUGUGAUGUAAUUUUCUUGUGUGUGAAGCCUCAGUUUCUAACACAAAUGAUAAGUGAAUUGAAUACUCUGGAUACAGGCCACGACCCACUCUUCAUUUCUAUUGUCACAGGUUUUGAUCUGGAAACUUUAGAAAAGAUGCUGAGUAGAUUGGUAAACUGUCCACGUGUAAUUCGAACAAUGCCAAACACUCCAUCAAUGGUUGGACAGGGAUGCUGCUUAUACACCCUUGGCACACACACUUCUUCCGGUGACAGUGCUGUCGUGAGUACAAUGUUUAAAUCUGUUGGAUUCUGUGCCGAAAUUCCUGAGUACCAAAUGGAUGCUGCUUGUGGCUUGGCAGGAUCGGGACCAGCAUAUAUAUAUGUUGCCAUAGAAGCCCUUGCAGAUGGGGGAGUGAAGAUGGGUCUUCCUCGCCAACUAGCCCAGACCAUAGCUGCUCAAAUGGUUAAAGGAGCUGCAACAAUGGUUCUUGAAAGUGGGAAGCAUCCAGGUCAGCUGAAGGAUGAAGUGUGCUCACCAGGAGGCACCACUAUUACAGCCAUGCAUACUUUAGAGGGGAAUGGCUUUAGAAAUGCCCUUGUAUCAGCAGUGGAAGCCUCAUCGUUGCGCUCCAAAGAGUUAGGUAGUAAGAAAUAAAUAUUAGUGCCUCGAGUUUAUUGAUGAAUAAUUCCAGUAUAGCAAAGGAUAAGAUAAAUUAAAUGGCAUCCAUAUAUUCACCAUUCCUCCCAUACACAGCACCAUUAUAUUUAAUGUGUGUACACAGCAGCACAGCUAAAAGCACAGCAUGCAUACAUGGCAGUAGCAGCACAGCUGAGCACACAUACACAGCUGAGCAUAGCAUGUAUAUGAAGCAUUAGAAUCAGCACAGCAUGCAUAUACAGCAGCAGCACAACUGAGCACAGCAUGUAUACAGAGCAGCACCACAACAACUAAGCACAGUACACAUACACAACAGCACAACUGAGACAGCAUGUAUACAGAGUAGCAACCCAACAGCUAGGCACAAUACACAUACACAGCAGCACCCCAACAGCUGGGCACAGUACACAGCAAAACUGAGCACAGCAUGUAUACAGAGCAGCACCCCAACAUUUGAGCACAGUACACAUCAGAAGCACAGCAUGUAUACAUUUGAGCACCCCAACAGUACACAUACAUAGAAGCAGUAGAUCAUCCACUGCCUCUCAGACAAGGCGCGGUGUGUGGUGCUCCUCGCGAGUUGUCGCUUAUAAACAAUGGUACCGUAUUAUUAUUGCUUUUGCUACCAACAUUUUGUUGAGCACUGAUUAUCAUCUACACUUACUGAAUGUACCAGUCCUCCUCUUGGGCUGCUGCUUACACUUCUCUCACAUUCACUCACCAGUUCUUCAAAUUAUCUUGGCCCACAACACCAGCUUAGUUUAUAUACAUUUACACCAUGUCUUCUCAAUGUACCAUUCCUUAGUCUGUCUCCUGCCCCAUCAAAGUCAGAGAGAAGGUAAGUGUGAGAAAUGCCAAAUAUAGGUAUAAUUCAUUUGUUAAAUGUUUAUAUAUAAUCUCACUGCUCUCAUAUAAUGAGAUUUAAUGUUUAAUUACAGUUGCAAUUCAAAAUUGUAUACAAUGAUACAUGUUUAGUUUUGUGAACCUUGUAUGCUUCUUAAUGAAAGACCAUUAUCCAAAUGAUUUACAGUAUACAGUAGUACUGUAUUUGGCUAGUAACAAUGUCACUCCUACUAGGAUGAAGAGGCACGAAUUGUCAGAUCAUUCCACUUGCAUCUUAAUUAUAUCAAAUGUGAAAUUAAAUAUUAAGAUCAAGGCCAAUAAUGGGAUUGUAAAGCCAUGAUCAUAUAAGCACUUGGUAGGUAAUUUAAAAAAAAAAAAGUAAGCAUAUGAAACUUUACCUGUAAAUUGGUACAAACAGUUUAAAAGGUAUGCCCAUAGUUUGAAUUCCUGUUAAAAAUCCACAAUUUUUUUUAUGUAUUUAUAAUGUAAUUAUUUUUACGUUAUAAUAAAAAGCAUUACCUAAUAAAAACAUGUACAGUA